UGUGACUUGGCAACCCUGUGAGACUCUACAUGGUGAAGCGAAGGUUGAACGCGCUGGACAGCAGUGUAGAGCUGAGACGUCUGAAGCGGGACGAGCAGAGAGGAUGGCUGGUAACGCGUGGAGGUCAACGGUUUCCCGUGUCAUGGGCGCUGUGAAAAGCCAAACACAGCCUAGAACGUUUUCUAGAGGAAUGCAAACUGUAACAAUAAUUCCAGGAGAUGGAAUUGGUCCAGAGAUUUCCACUGCUGUAAUAAAGAUUUUUGAGGCUGCCAAAGUUCCUAUUCAGUGGGAGGAGCGAAAUGUUACAGCCAUCAAAGGACCUGGAGGAAAAUGGAUGAUCCCUCCUGAAGCCAAAGAAUCAAUGGACAAAAGCAAAAUAGGAUUAAAGGGACCUCUGAAGACCCCUAUUGCUGCUGGCCAUCCCUCCAUGAACUUGCUGCUUAGGAAGACCUUUGACCUGUAUGCCAAUGUGCGUCCAUGUGUGUCUAUUGAGGGUUAUAAGACCCCUUACACAGAUGUGGACCUCGUUACCAUCAGAGAAAACACUGAGGGAGAGUACAGUGGAAUCGAACACGUGAUUGUUGAUGGGGUCGUGCAGAGUAUCAAGUUGAUCACAGAAGAGGCCAGUCGGCGCAUUGCUGAGUAUGCCUUUGAGUAUGCCAGGAAUAACCAAAGAAACAGUGUAACAGCUGUUCACAAGGCCAAUAUCAUGCGCAUGUCCGAUGGCCUGUUCCUAAGGAAGUGCCGAGAGGUAGCAGAGAAUUACAAGGAUGUGAAAUUCACUGAGAUGUACCUGGAUACAGUGUGUCUGAAUAUGGUGCAGGAUCCCACUCAGUUUGAUGUGCUUGUCAUGCCCAACCUUUAUGGUGAUAUUUUGAGUGAUCUUUGUGCUGGUCUAAUUGGCGGGCUUGGAGUGACUCCUAGUGGUAACAUUGGAGCCAAUGGUGUUGCCAUAUUUGAAUCGGUACAUGGAACUGCUCCUGACAUUGCUGGUAUGGACCUAGCUAACCCUACUGCCCUGCUGCUGAGUGCUGUUAUGAUGCUGCGGCACAUGGGACUGCAUGGACAUGCCAAAAAGAUCGAGACUGCCUGCUUCGACACUAUCAGAGACAAGAAGGUCUUGACCAAAGACCUCGGUGGAAAUUCCAAGUGUUCAGAGUUCACAGCUGAGAUCUGUCGACGAGUACAGGAUCUGGACUGAGAACUAGCACUCAAUGUCAACAUUUGUCUGUGUUUGGGUUCCUGCCCAAACACACAAAAAGUUGUUUUCAACUUCUUACCAUUCUAAUAUCUGCGCACAAGUAUACUAUAAAUGUAAAUGUGUCUAUGAAAACAAAAUGUCUCAAAGGGUUGACUUGUUGAAUGUUUAUUUUUACUCCUCCAAAACACAAACAUCUUUAAAUUCUUGUCUUGUUGUAUUCAUGUGAGGCUUUUUCUGUCAAAAGGUAAUUGCAUAGCCUAAGAUAUCUCUUAUUUAUUGACUGGAAAUAUUCUCUGGUCCAGUAUAUUUUAUCAUAACUUUACAACUUUGUCAUUCAGUUAAUAGCAGGCAUAAUCUUGUUCAGUUUAAAAGAUGAAAAACAUUAAAGUUACUGAUAUUUUCAAUGUAAA